AAAUUUUAGUCACCCGGGAAGAAUUACAAGGGAGUUUUUUUUUGGAGGAAAAAGUGAGUUUAAAAAGCGCUAAAGAACAGGGGUGACGUGUACAACUGCCGCACAAUUCCCCGCUUUCAUUGAAGGGAGCGCUUUCAGGCUUUUCCUUUUCUUUGACCAAACGGUGUUUCCGUCGAUCGAAGAAUUCCGAGCCAAAUCCCUUUCACAAGCAAAACAAACAACGAUGAAAAAUAAAACAGACGAAAAUCAUAUUUUGAGCGAUUAAAGGAACAUGGCUACCAAAAAGAAUGAACCAUCUCAGAAACAACAGAGGAUGGUUUCCAAAAAGGAUGAGCCCUCUAAAGGACAUCAGGGAGAUGCUGCAGUUGUGGCUUCUCCUGGUCCUCUUCCAGAGGCUCCACCAACUCCAAAAUCUCGUGUCAGAAACUCGGUUUUAAAGAGUGGGCCACUUUUUUUAUCUACCAAAGGAAUUGGAUGGACAUCAUGGAAGAAAAGGUGGUUUAUUUUGACACAAACUUCGUUAGUUUUCUUCAAAAGUGAUCCUAAUGCCAUUCCUCAAAAGGAAAAUGAAGUGAAUUUAAUUCUUGGUGGCAUUGAUCUCAACAAUUCAGGCAGUGUGGUUGUCAAAGCUGAUAAAAAACUCUUAACUGUACUAUUUCAAGAUGGUCAAGAUGGACGGACGUUCACACUUAAGGCUGAAAGUUCAGAGGAUUUGUAUGAGUGGAGGGCUGCAUUUGAGAAUGCCUUGUCACAAGCAUCAAGUUCUCCUCACGUAUUGGGGAAAAAUGACAUCUUGGGGAAUGAAAAAGCAAACGCAGUUAAUGGUUCUAAGGACCCAGUGAACAAUAAACAGCCUGUGAGAUCUACUGUCUUAGGCAAACCAAUUUUACUUGCACUAGAAGAUGUUGACGGAGCUCCAACAUUUUUGGAGAAGGCUCUAAGAUUUAUAGAAGAGCAUGGAACCAAAGCAGAAGGGGUCUUACGACUAGCUGCUGACGUUGAAGAUGUUAAGCGUCGAAUUCAGGAAUAUGAAAAGGGAAAAACUGAGUUCUCUCGUGAGGAGGAUCCACAUGUCAUUGCUGAUUGUAUCAAGUAUGUCAUUCGAGAGUUGCCAUCAUGUCCUGUCCCUGCUUCAUGCUGCAAUGCGCUACUAGAAGCAUACCGAACUCUGGGUGGUGAUAGAGUCAACACUAUGCGUGAAGCAGUAUUGGACGCGUUUCCUGAGCCAAACCGUCGCCUACUACAGAGAAUUCUAAUGAUGAUGCAAGCUGUGGCUUCUAAUAAAACUUUAAAUCGGAUGAGCUCUUCAGCUGUGGCAGCAUGCAUGGCACCCUUGAUUCUUCGCCCUCUUGUAUCUGGUGACUGUGAGAUUGAAAACGAUUUUAAAUUGGGUGAUGAUAGUUCAAUUCAGCUGCUGCGAGCAGCUGCUGCAGCCAAUCAUGCUCAAGCCAUUGUUAUAACAUUACUUGAAGAAUAUGAUAAAAUAUUUGGGGAAGGAUAUGUUUCCCCCAAUUUAUACUAUGGAACGGAAGAGAGUGGAAGUGAAAGUGAAAGUGAAAGUGAAAGUGAAGGUGAAACUGAAAGUGAAGAGGCAACUGAUGAUGACUGUAAUGAUGCAACAACUGGGUCUAAUGCAUACUGUGAUAGUGACUAUGUAGCAAGUGGAACAGGCAGUAGGAGCGGUCACUCUAUUAACAAUGAUCUGGAUGAUGAUAAGGAUUCUGAUUAUUCGAGCUCUAGUUCUGAGCCCUCUAUAGCUGAUGGUGAUUUAAAAGCCACCAAGAAGCUUUCAAGUUCACUUCACUCUUCCCUGUCUGAAAAUGAUUUACAAAGGAGUGAGGAUAAUCAAAGUAACAAGAGUUCAGCAAUAGAGGCUGUUUGCGAAUUUGGCCAUAGAGCUAAGCGUCCCACUGUUUGGGGAUGGGCAAUUGCAAAGAAGAAGCUUUCUAUGGAAUCUAUUCAUUGUCCUUCUAAAGAAGAGGCUGAAAUAGAGAGGAUCAAGGCUGAAAAAUCUGACUUGAAAAAGGGACACACAGAAGAGAUCGAAGGUAAUCUGGUUUAUGAAGCCUGCUUGGAAAAACAAAAGAAGACGCUGCAUGGGCAUUGUCAAGCUCUUCAGAAUGAUGUGACAAGACUAGCGGAAGAGUUGCAUAGGGAAAGAGAUAAGAGGACAGCUCUGGAAGCUGGACUGACCCCCUCUCAAGGAACCGUAACUCUCCCAAAUACGGUUAAUGAAAAGAUAAAGGCAGAUAUUAAGGACAUAGCUCAAGCAGAGGCAGACAUAAACAAUUUGAACAAAAAGGUUGAUGAAUUGUGGAUGCAGCUGAAUCAACUACUUGAGCAAAAUUCUGUUUCCAUGAAUAACAGGUCCAAUCGGCAUCAACCAAAUCAUCACGAAAAAAGGAAGGAUAAGCCAAAGGAUAUUGAAGCUACUUUUAAAAAGUCAGGAAGCAAGGAUAAAUAUGCGGACAAAGUAGAGUGCGAGAACAAGAAGCAAGAACCAUCAUUGACAAAUAAACAGAACAUCAACGGUAUGCAUGCAGCAGAGCUAAUUGCAAGGAAGCCCCUUGCUUCAAGUAAUGUAGACAAAUCUACUAUAAAGGGUGAGGUAUGUUCUAUUUUGUUUUAACAUGGGCACCAUUGUAUCAAGCUCUAAUGUGGUUCACUAGAAGAAUGAAAGUUUCUUUGAUUCUGAGAUUAAAUUACCAUAUUCUUUCUUCAUUUUAGAGAACAUAUUUGUUUUAUCUGUUCUUUGAGAAACUAGAACAACAAACCAAACUAGCAACAUUGUAUGUUGUAUGUAAACUUGUUGGAUUCGGAAAAUUAAAAAAAUUAAAUAAAGCAUUUCCAGGAGAUUAUUUUAAGAA